AUCAAUCACAGAAAUCAAUCAAAUGAAAUUCUUAAACAUUUUAUCAUUAUUACUGAUUGCUUUGGUGGCUUAUACAUCGGCCCAAAGAUGUCCGGGCAGUCCAAGUAAUCCUUCUUGUGUUGGUGCUCAUGAUGGGGGUCGUCGUGGUCCCCGUUGUACAGCCCGUGCCAUGUGGCAUUACAGUGCCCGUUUAAGACAAUGCCAUCAAAUACUCUACUUGGGUUGUGGUGGCAACAACAAUCGUUGGUGUACCCGUGCCGCCUGUGAACAGAGGUGUCGUCGCCGUUAAGUGUUUAUGUUACUGGAAUGUUUUAUCUUUUUAAAUAAUAAAAUAAUUGUUGCAAAUUGUAAAAAAAGAAAA